GCAUCAGGAUGUGAUAUUGUGGUACUGGGGACUGACUUUGAAAGAUUACAGAUAAUCCCUGGUGCAAAACAUGGAAACAUUCAAGUGGGAUGUGUGGACUGUUCAGUGCAACAGGGGAAGAUUGCAGCUUCUUACGGAAAAGUGAUUUGUAUCUUUGAGCCAGUUAGCCUCGUGAAGCAGAACAAAAGUCUGACGUUACAUUAUCAGUGGCAGAAGAAUGCUCAAAUCUUACUGGAAGCCAUAGCACAUAAUCUAACAUGGGAUCCCACAGGCACUCGCCUUUUGACUGGUUCCAGUUGUCUUCAGCUGUGGUCCAGCAUCCCUUUGGAAAACCGUUCUGACAAUGACAAUACUGAAAGAACAGAUGUUGGACAUGGCGAAUGGCAGUGUAUCUGGCAGUGCAAAACUGCUUCUCAAGUUUGUUUAAUGAAAUUCUCACCAGAUGGGGAGUUUUUUGCUACUGCUGGAAAGGAUGAUUGUCUUGUGAAAGUAUGGUACAAUACAGACAGCUGGCGAUCAGCUGUAACACCACCUGGUGCAAGCCCAGAAAAACAAGCAAAAGAAGUUGAUUUUUCAUUUGUUUAUUUGGCUCAUCCUCGAUCAGUAAAUGCAUUUUCAUGGAGGAAGACAAGUAAAUUCAUGCCACGUGGUGCUGUCUGCAAUGUUCUUCUGACUUGCUGUAAGGAUAAUGUUUGUCGUAUCUGGGCAGAGACUUUGUUACCCAAUGACAGUCUGUUGUAUAGUGGAGGAUACAACGAUCGGAGUGAAGCAGCAAACUUCACAAAUAACUUCAAGAGAAAUACUUCAAGUAAGGAAAAAGUGCAAAAUGUCUUAGAGUUAAACCUGAGGCACUUCCGACGAGGAAGGAGGAGGACAGGUGCUGUUGUAGCACAUACUGGAUAUGCUCCACAUCAGCGAGAUGCCCACGAAGUUCACAGGAACAUCCUUCCUCAUGCAAAUGCACUUUGUCAUUUCCAUAUUGCUGCCAGUAUCAAUCCAGCCACAGAUAUUCCUCUCCUCCCUUCUAUAACAUCUCUGAGUCUUGGUGAAAAUGAAGAAAAAAGUGGACCUUUUGUUGUGCACUGGCUGAACAAUAAAGAACUUCAUUUUACCUUAUCCAUGGAAGUAUUCUUGCAACAACUUAAAAAGAGUUUUGAGCAUCAUUCCCCUGAGACUAACACUGAGGAAUCUAGUCAAAUGGAUGGCAGAACAGAAGAAGAAGUUAAUGAAAAUGGAGAUGAACAAAAAGGAAACCAAGAAAAGAAGGAACUGGGUGAUGAGAAAACUACUGCAAAUUCAAGCUUUGUUCCUUUAUCUUCUGCUGUUAUUGACCAUGAAAUUGAAAUACUACUUUCUGAAUGGAGUAAAAAUGCCGACAUGCUCUUCAGUAUACAUCCUAUGGAUGGUUCACUGCUGGUAUGGCAUGUGGACUGGCUAGAUGAAUACCAGCCUGGCAUGUUUCGCCAGGUGCAGGUGUCAUUUGUCUCAAGAAUUCCUGUUGCAUUUCCAACAGGUGAUGCAAACUCUCUUUGCAGAAGCAUAGUGAUGUAUGCUUGUACCAAAAAUGUUGACUUAGCUAUUCAACAAGGCAAACAAAAGCCUCCUGGCCUUACACGAUCUUCAUCUAUGCUUAUCUCUUCUGGACACAGUAAAUCCACCAACAGUUUAAAACUAAGUAUCUUCACACCUAAUGUUAUGAUGAUUUCCAAACAUGCAGAUGGGUCAUUGAACCAGUGGCUAGUGAGUUUUGCUGAGGAAUCUGCUUUUUCAACUGUACUCAGUAUUUCACAUAAAUCCCGAUACUGUGGUCACCGUUUUCAUCUUAAUGACUUGGCUUGCCACUCAGUAUUACCACUGCUGCUUACAACCUCACAUCACAAUGCUCUAAUUACACCAGAUGUUGAGAAUGCGAAACAGGCAAAUGAUUCUUUAAAGUCUCAGGAGUCACCAGUAAGAUUUCAGAGUAGAGGCAAUGCAAGUGUUACAUCCCAGGAUCCCAAUGCAGUUUACAGUGAACUUAUCCUUUGGAGAGUUGACCCUGUUGGGCCUUUGUCCUUUUCUGGUGGAGUCUCUGAACUUGCUCGGAUCAAUUCUCUCCAUGUUUCAGCUUUUUCUAAUGUUGCAUGGCUGCCCACACUUAUACCCAGCUACUGCCUUGGUGCAUACUGUAAUUCUCCAAGUGCCUGCUUUGUGGCUAGUGAUGGACAGUAUUUGAGAUUAUAUCAAGCUGUAAUAGAUGCCAAGAAACUUUUGUGUGAGCUCUCCAAUCCAGAAAUUUCUAAAUAUGUUGGUGAAGUUUUUAACAUCGUAAGUCAGCAAUCUACGGCUCGCCCAGGAUGUAUCAUUGAACUGGAUGCUAUCACAGAGCUACAUGGCAGGAAAACACAGUUAUUCCAUGUUUUUCAAGAAGACUUCAUUUUAAAUAACCAGGAGAAGGAAAUACCUGAAAAGAAGAACUAUUUGUCAGACUCUGGAAACCAGCAGAAUAGAUUCUCUGAAAAAUUCUACUUAAUAGUAGUGGAGUAUACUCAAAACCAUUCAUUGCUGCAUAUGUGGCAUUUACAUCUGAAGUCAAUUCCUGUCUCAGUAGAUGAAAAGAUAGAUUCAAAUACACCUGAAUCAGCAACACAAACAGACGAAGUAUAUUCUUCACCAGAUCUAGAGACGAUCCAAUCACCUUUCACUCAAAAGUAUCAGGCCUGUAGAGCAAACCUUCAGAGCACCAGCUGGCUUACCCUGUCUUCCAAAAUGGUAUAUAGUCAAAAGUUGAAUUUGCCAGAAGGAGUAGAGAUAAUAAGUGUGAAGCCAUCAGCAGGGCAUCUGAGUUCUUCUUCCAUAUAUCCUGUUUGUCGUGCACCGUAUCUGCUGGCUACGUCAUGCUCUGAUGGAAAAGUUCGAUUCUGGAGAUGCAGGGUUACUACUGAAUCACUAGCUUCUUCCAUGCCAGAGUGUAGUGCACAAAGUGAUGUCACUUAUGUAUGGGAAGAAUGGCCAUUACUGAUUGAGGAUGGGCUUCUUAGUAGUAGUGCUAUAAAUGUUCCAGGAAGGCCAACUGAAGUUAGUUGUGCGCACACAAACAGAUUAGCAGUAGCAUAUAAGCAGGUAACAUCUAAAAAUAGUAAUCUUUCUCAAGAUUCUGUAAUGCAUGUUAGUAUUUUUGAAUGUGAAUCUACAGGGGGUUCUUCCUGGAUUCUAGAACAGACUCUUCAUUUAGAUGAGAUAGGCACCAUAUUAGACUCAGGUGUUAGUAUUGAUAAUAAUUUAGUGGCAUAUAACCGACAAGAUGUUUCUCUGUCUCAUGGUUCGAAUAUUAUGCCCAGCACCAAGCACUUGGUACACUUAGACUGGAUGUCUAGGGAAGAUGGUUCACAUAUUCUAACAGUGGGAAUUGGAUCCAAACUUUACAUGUUUGGUCAGCUGUCUGGGAGAAUGCAAGAACAAAAUAGUAAGGAGAUUGUAGCAUUCUCACAUAGUGGCAGUGUGAAGGCUGCAACUCUUUCUGGGUUUGUUCCACUGCGCUGCGUUGACUUGGUUUCUUCUGUAGAGGGGUCGCCUCCUUUUCCAGUCUCCUUGUCUUGGGUGCGUGAUGGCAUUCUUGUAGUUGGAAUGGAUUGUGAAAUGCAUGUUUACUCCCAGUGGCAAUCUCCUUCCAAGCAGGAACUAGUUAGUACAGAUUCCUGCAGUGGAAGUAUGCCAUCUGUAACUGGCUUAAUGAAACAAAGCCUGUCAGCCAUCUCAAGUCUGCAUCCGCCAAAGCGAACGUUGACCAGAUCUAUGACCAGCCUUGCACAGAAACUUAGUGGGAAAAGAUCUGCCUAUGAUCUUUCUACAGAAAUGGAAGAUUCUGGUCUUUUUGAAGCAGCUCAUACAUUAUCUCCCACUUUACCUCAGUACCAUCCAUACCAACUGUUGGAACUCAUGGAUCUUGGUAAAGUACGUAGAGCGAAAGCCAUUCUCUCCCAUCUGGUGAAGUGCAUUGCUGGAGAAGUUGUUGCUAUAAAUGAAUCUGAACCUAAUCAUGAUAAGAGGCUCAGGUCUCUGACUAUCAGUGCUAGUGGAAGUACUGCAAGAGAUCCCAAAACAUUCAGCAAAACUGAGACUACAGACUACAUUGAAAUAGACUCUGUUCCACCAUUGCCUUUGUAUGCUCUGCUUGCUGCAGAUGAGGAUUCAUCUCAUUCUUGUUCAGAGAAUUCUAAUAAUCAAAAUAAAAAAGAUAAGCCUAGUGACAAUUAUGAAGAUCUCUUUCAAAAUACUGCUAUAAGUACAGAUGAACUAGUUACAUUUGAUGCAGAUGAAGACAGUUCAAAAGUCAUUGAUCUUUCUCAAUAUAGCCCAACUUACUUCGGACCAGAGCAUGCUCAAGUUCUUUCUCGUCACUUGCUUCAUUCAAGCUUGCCAGGUCUGACUAGAAUGGAGCAAAUGUCAUUGAUGGCCUUGGCAGAUACAAUUGCCACUACCAGUACUGACAUUGGAGAAAGCAGAGACAGAAAUCAGGGUGGAGAAACUCUUGAUGAGUGUGGUUUAAAAUUUGUAUUGGCUGUUCGGCUUCACACAUUUCUGACAACUGCACUUCCUCCUGUACAUCGAGCUCAACUGCUUCACCAAGGUUUAUCUACUAGUCAUUUUGCCUGGGCAUUUCAUUCAGUAGCAGAAGAGGAACUCCUGAGCAUGCUUCCUGCAGUGCAGAAAGGAGAUCCAGCAUGGUCAGAACUCAGAGCGAUGGGUAUAGGAUGGUGGGUUCGGAAUAUCCACAGCCUGCGGAAAUGCAUAGAAAAGGUGGCUAAAGCAGCCUUUCAGCGAAACAAUGAUCCACUUGAUGCAGCCAUUUUUUACCUCGCAAUGAAAAAGAAGGCUGUGAUCUGGGGACUGUACAGGUCCCAAAAAGACACUAAAAUGACACAGUUUUUUGGAAACAACUUUACUGAGGACAGAUGGCGUAAAGCAGCAUUGAAGAAUGCUUUUUCUUUGCUAGGCAAGCAGCGUUUUGAACAUUCUGCAGCAUUUUUCUUGUUGGCAGGACACUUAAAAGAUGCAGUGGAGGUCUGCCUUGAAAAACUGAAUGACAUUCAGUUGGCUCUUGUAAUAUCAAGACUUUAUGAAUCGGAGUUUGAAGUAUCUAGUACUUACAAAUCUGUACUACAGAAGAGAAUUCUGGGAAGUGUGUGUCCUGGAAAAGAGAGCUCAGGAAACAUGCACUAUGACCCUUUUCUGCGAAGUAUGGCUUACUGGAUUUUGGAAGAUUAUAGCAAGGCUCUUAACACUUUAAUUAAACAUUCUGUUGAAGAUGAGGGAGAAGAUGGCUCAUCAAGUUGUAACCCUGCAGUGUUUAACUUCUAUAACUACUUAAGAACACAUCCUCUCCUGUUGAGACGUCAUUUUGGUUCUUCUGAUACAUCUUCCACACACAUUUGCCUAACAGUAGAAAAUGGAUUAGCUGACAAAAUCAACCUAGGCGAAAGACGGCUGUUUUUCACCACUGCAUAUGCUCAUCUAAAAGCUGGUUGUCCUAUGUUGGCCUUAGAAGUGUUAUCAAAAAUGCCUAAAGUUGUCAUGAGGUCGAAGUCAUCCUGUAGAUCCCCUAGUUUAAUGGAUACUAGUAAAGACUUCUCACCAUAUUCUCCAGUUAAAGAGUUGGAAACAAAAGACCAAUCUUCCAGUGUUGAUUGGUCACAGCCAGUGCUGAAUGGUCUAGGUUCCUCUUCAGAUUGUUCAUCAGGAAAACAUUCAAGUUCAACUCUUUCCUUUGAUUGGAGCCAGCCAUGUGUGGUAUUUGAAGAUGAGCACUUAAAACUACAGUCAGACAGUGAUGAAAGUGAGAGUGAAGAUUCUUCCCUGGUAAUGAAAGAGCUAAAACCUCUGAAGAAAACUGAAAAAUUACAUGAAACAAAUUCUAGCUACACAGAAUCUUUUAGUGUAGUUGAUGACACAGAUAUUCUAAGUCAAUCAGAAGAUAUAAUUUCAGCACAACUGAAGUUUAGAGCAUGCCUUAAAAUUCUUACUGUAGAGCUUCGUACAUUGUCCACUGGUUAUGAGGUAGAUGGUGGGAAGUUGAGGUAUCAGCUUUAUCAGUGGCUUGAAAGAGAAGUGGUAGCUCUUCAAAAGACAUGUGAUUAUAGUGUUGAAGUAGAAGACAGAGAGUCAGAAACAAGUGUGAUGCCAGAGGAAGCUAUGUUACAUGAGAACACUGAAGACUUAGCUGACCAGCAAAAACAUGUACUACAGAAAGAAAACUUUCAGAAAAGACGUCAGUGGCUCCUGAAAUACCAGUCUCUCCUAAGAAUGUUCCUUAGUUACUGUAUACUUCAUGGCUCUCAUGGUGGAGGUUUGGCAUCAGUCAGGAUGGAAUUAAUUCUGCUACUGCAAGAAUCUCAGCAGGAGCAGUCAAUACAGAUACCUUCCAGCCCUCUACCAGAGCAAAGUUCCAUACCUCUCCUAUUUGCUUGCACAGCUAGUGCCAAAACAGUGGUGGCUAAUCCGUUGUUACAUCUUGGUAACUUAACUCAUGAUAUAUUACAUGCCAUAAUAAACCUUGAUUCACCACCUCAUCCAGAUACUCAGAACAACAAAAUAUAUGUAAUGCAUACCUUAGCAGCGUCACUCUCUGCCUGCAUCUACCAAUGUCUUUGUGAUGGUCACAGCUACAGCUCAUUUCAAGCAAAUCAGUUCACUGGAACAGUGUAUCAGACAGUGCUAUUAACUCAGCGCCAUUCUCUAAGAACAGCAAGCUUAGAAGAAACAGUGACUCCUAAUACAUCACCUGCUCAGUGGCCAGGAAUAACAGCUCUGAUACAUCUCUUGAAUUCUGCUGGUGAGGAAGCCCAGCCAGGUCUCACAGUUUUACUCUGUGAAAUUCUAACUGCAGUCUACCUGAGUCUCUUCAUCCAUGGCCUAGCCACACAUGCUAGCAAUGAGUUGUAUAGAAUUAUGGCUCAUCCACUUAACAAUAAGAUGUGGUCUGCUAUCUUUGGAGGAGGAGCUCAUACACCCAGCAGAGGACAACUUCAAUUAAAGACAAAACCUGUUUCUUCCUCUGUAGAUGAUGGAGAGAAACAGCAAAAACAUUACAGGCUGUCAUCAAAAACAUCUCCGAAAGAGAGUUCACAGUUGCCUGCACUGCCAUCGGUAGAACAAGAAUCUCCAUCUUACAAAGAAAGAUUUAUUCCUCCUGAGCUUAGCAUCUGGGAUUAUUUCAUUGCCAAGCCUUUUCUUCCGUCACAAAGUAGAGUGGAAUAUGAUUCAGAAGAAAGUCAUGAAAGUGGCGAAGAUGAUGAAGAUGUUGAUGGAGAUGUGUUUGCAUCAAAUAGACAUAAUCAAGAGCAUUCAAAUUCAAAUUCAUACAGUUGGUCACUGAUGAGAUUGGCAAUGGUUCAGCUGGUACUUCACAAUUUGAAGACUUUCUACCCUUUGGCUGGACAUGAUCUUUCAGAGCUUCCAGUUAGCUCCCCGAUAUGCCAUGCAGUUUUGAAAACACUACAGCGCUGGGAACAAGUUCUUCUCCGACGUCUUGAGCUGUACGGGGGUCCACCUCAACAGUAUAUUUCUGUUCAUGCUUCUGAAGAUGUCCUAGCUGCUGGUCCUGCAUUGCUUCGCCAUAAAACUUUACUUGAGCCUACAAACACUCCAUUCAGGUCUAACAGUCAUGUUGCACUGUCAGUGAAGAGGCUCUGGCAGUAUUUGGUUAAACAGGAAGAAAUCCAGGAAACCUUUAUCAGAAAUAUUUUUACAAAGAAGCAAUGCCUAAAUGAGUCAUUAGAGGAGCACAAUGAAACCAUGAAAAAUUCUGUGGUGGAGGAGCCCAUCAUCAAUAAGAUAGAAACAGAUAUGGGAUACCCAGGAGGCAAGGCAAGAAUAAUCCAUAAAGAGUCUGACAUCAUUACUGCUUUUGCAGUCAAUAAGGCUAAUCGGAACUGCAUUGCAAUAGCAUCGAGUCAUGACAUACAAGAAUUAGAUGUUUCUGCAAUUUUAGCUACGCAAAUCUAUACUUGGGUUGAUGAGGAUGUGGAAAUAGAAAAUAAAGGGACUGAUGAUUUCUUAGUUAUACAUGCUCGUGAUGAUCUGGUAAAUGUUCAGGGAACCACUCCCUAUACUCAUAGUAGUCCCGGCACACCUAUCAAUAUGCCUUGGCUUGGUAGUACACAAACUGGCAGGGGUGCAUCUGUGAUGCUCAAGAAGGCUAUUAAUAACGUCAGAAGAAUGGCUUCUCAUCCAACAUUACCAUAUUACCUGACCGGUGCUCAAGACGGUAGUGUAAGAAUGUUUGAAUGGGGUCAUGCACAGCAAAUCACAUGUUUUCGGUCUGGUGGCAACUCAAGGGUAACUCGAAUGAGAUUCAACUACCAAGGAAAUAAGUUUGGAAUUGUUGAUGCUGAUGGAUACAUAAGUUUAUAUCAAACAAACUGGAAAUGUUGCCCACUUACUGGAACUUCACCUAAACCGUAUUUGACAUGGCAGUGUCAUAAUAAAACAGCCAAUGACUUUGUUUUCAUCAGUUCAUCAUCUUUGAUAGCCACAGCAGGAUCGUCUUCUGACAACAGAAAUAUUUGCCUUUGGGAUACUUUGGUUUCACCUACAAAUAGCUUGGUGCAUGCUUUUAUCUGUCAUGAUAGUGGAGCGACUGUGUUAGCAUAUGCUCCAAAACAUCAGCUGUUAAUCUCUGGAGGCAGAAAAGGCUUUACAUGUAUAAUUGAUCUUCGACAAAAACAGCAGCAACAGUUACUCCAGAGUCAUGAUUCUCCAGUCAAAGCGAUUGCUGUUGAUCCCACGGAAGAGUAUUUUGUCACAGGAUCUGCUGAAGGCAACAUAAAGGUAUGGAGUCUGUCUACAUUUAAUCUUCUUCACACUUUCAUCAAUGAGCAUGCUCGACAGUCUCUCUUCAGAAACAUUGGGACAGGAGUCAUGCAAAUUGAGACAGGACCAGCGAAUCACAUAUUCUCCUGUGGUGCUGAUGGAACAGUAAAGAUGAGGAUCUUGCCUGAUAGAUUAAGCCCUUUAAAUGAUGUGUUAAAAAAUGAUGUGAAAUUUAUGAUGUAAUAUUUUUUCUCAGAACAGUGUAUAACAUUCCCCGUCUACCAUCCCUGAAAGUACUUUUCCUGGAACUAGCCAACAAAGCAGAUACACAAUGAUAGCUUGUGCCAGAAAGAUGCACUUUUUGGGUUUUUUUGCCCCCAUAUUUAUUACCUGAAGCUUUUAGUC